CCGAGGCGGCGGGGCGGCCGAGCAUGGAAGAACAGCAGCCGGAACCUAAAAGUCAGCGCGACUCGGGCCUCGGCGCGGCGGCGGCAGUGGCGGCGGCGGCGGCCCCCGGCAGCCUCAGUCUGAGCCUCAGCCCCGGCGCCAGCGGCAGCAGCGGCAGCGAUGGAGACAGCGUGCCGGUGUCUCCGCAGCCCGCGCCCCCCUCGCCGCCCGCGGCGCCCUGCCUGCCGCCCCUGGCCCACCACCCGCAUCUCCCCCCGCACCCCCCGCCCCCGCCGCCGCCGCCGCCUCAGCAGCAGCAGCAUCUCGCGGCGCCUGCUCACCAGCCGCAGCCUGCGGCCCAGCUGCACCGCACCACCAACUUUUUCAUCGACAACAUCCUGAGGCCGGACUUCGGCUGCAAAAAGGAGCAGCCGCCGCCGCAGCUCCUGGUGGCGGCGGCGGCGGCGGCCGGAGGAGGCGCAGGAGGAGGUCGGGUCGAGCGUGACAGAGGCCAGACCGGCGCAGGUAGAGACCCUGUCCACCCGCUGGGCACGAGGGCGCCAGGCGCCGCCUCACUCCUGUGCGUUCCGGACGCGAACUGUGGCCCACCCGACGGUUCCCCGCCAGCCACCGCCGGCGGAGCGGGUGCAUCCAAAGCUGGGAACCCGGCGGCGGCGGCGGCGGCGGCGGCGGCGGCGGCGGCCGUGGCAGCGGCAGCGGCAGCAGCAGCGGCCAAACCUUCGGACAGCGGCGGUGGCAGUGGAGGCGGCGUGGGGAGCCCGGGAGCGCAGGGUGCUAAGUACCCGGAGCACAGCAACCCGGCCAUCCUGCUAAUGGGCUCAGCCAACGGCGGGCCCGUAGUCAAAACUGACUCGCAGCAGCCCCUCGUGUGGCCUGCCUGGGUCUACUGCACGCGCUAUUCGGAUCGUCCGUCCUCCGGUCCGCGCACCAGAAAGCUAAAGAAGAAGAAGAACGAGAAGGAGGACAAGCGGCCGCGGACGGCGUUCACGGCCGAGCAGCUGCAGAGACUCAAGGCGGAGUUCCAGGCGAACCGCUACAUCACCGAGCAGCGGCGGCAGACCCUGGCCCAGGAGCUCAGCCUCAACGAGUCCCAGAUCAAGAUCUGGUUCCAGAACAAGCGCGCCAAGAUCAAGAAAGCCACGGGCAUCAAGAACGGCCUGGCGCUGCACCUCAUGGCGCAGGGACUAUACAACCACUCAACCACUACGGUCCAGGACAAAGACGAGAGCGAGUAGCCUCCACCGGCAGGGGCCGCGCGGUCCGGCCGCCGCGCCCGCGCCCCCUCCUGGUACCGCCACCGCCGCCUUGCCGGCCCCACGUCCGGGGAGAAAUAAUCAGCGCAAAGGAGGAGGAAGGGAACAACAGGGAAAAGAGAGAGAAGGGGGUCCGCAGGACGGAGAGUUGCGUUGGAACGAGACAUUUUUCCAAAGGGAGAAAGACUCGGACAGGUGCUAUCGAAAAAUCAGAUCAGUUCUCUCUUCACAGUAUAAGGGACGAAACUGCGAACUCCUUAAAGCUCUAUCUAGCCAAACCGCUUACGACCUUGUAUAUAUUUAAUUUCAGGUAAGGAAAAGAAUUAUGUGUAGCGAUCUCUAUUUGCUGGACUUUUUAUUAAUCUCCUUUAUUAUUAUUGUUAUAAUUAUUAUAAUUAUUAUAAUUAUUUUAUCCCCCGCCUCCGCCUCGCUGCCCCCGGCCCAGUUUCGUUUUCUUUUGAAUGUUACUGCUUCUCCGGUGCCUCCCGCCCCGCAUCGCUGGCCCUCGUUUCUCUGGGACUUUUCUUUGUGUGCGUGAGAGUGUGCUUCCUCGCGUGUCUGCCCUUCUCCCGGCCCCUUCUGUCGGUCUGUCUGUCCUGCCCCCCACCCCUUUCGUUUUCCGGAGACUUGUUGAGAAAUACGACCCCACAGACUGCGAGACUGAACCGCCGCUACAAGCCAAAGAUUUUAUUAUGUUCAGAAACCUGUAGUCUGAAAUAAAGUGUAC